AGAUAUAAGCAAUUAUAUUUAGGAAAAUGUUUUUCAAAUCAUAUAAUUUCCAUGAAACAAACGGAGCCUUAGUAAUCAGCGCUCGAUGAAGGCAGGAAUAAAUUAUAUGCAUGUGCUUUCAAAUAGAUACUUACAUUGAACCACCGAUCAAAGGCAAUGAUUAGACCAAAUAUGGAAAAACUCCUAGACGAUUCGGGUGCACGUGAGCUCAUUGCAUUUGAGCCCACGAUAUUGGUGGUGCCAGAAGAAACCACACGAUCUAAGGGUCGGCAUGCAUUGGGCACACACAAACUCAAGAAUGUCUCAUAAUAUAUGGUCACCGCACAUUUUAACUUUUGUCAAUUCUACAUGUGAGCGAUUUAUAUAACUUCCAAAACAACAAUCAAAGACAUAACUGUUGGAAAUUUCCUCCAACGAGGAAAGUGCAUGCACCUAGAGGGUGAGGUCCAUCAGGCAAUAAACAGGCGGGUGACAUUAUUUUGGCUAAUGAAAAUGGGAUCAGACAGACUGUUGGAGAAAAUUAGGUUUGUUUAUAUAAUAGGCUAAAAAGAAUUAAGAGCAAGGUCGAAAGAUCCUGACAAGGAUUCAGUAACGUGUGAGUUUUUUGUUCAAAGAGGAAGAUGUUUCUUCCAUGGAGUUCCCUACAUAAUUUGAAGACUCUUGAAUGGAUUCAAUAUCUUAGGUGUGAACUAAAAGAAUUGUCUCUAAAUAUCUUAAGACGUGCAUGGAGUUAUCUAGUUCUUCAAACAUGUGUUUCAAGGUAGUCAAUUGCGCGUUAGGAGCAUUUUGAACAAGUAAAUGAUGUGGGCUUUUUGGAGGCCCUCUGUAUGGCUCAUCCACUAAUCUUUGGCAAUGAAACGACGUCGGUAAACUUAACUAAAGUGAAGGCUAUGUGACCGUGUCCCUGUUACCCCUCUCUCUAUCUCUCUCUCUAAAAAAGAGCACGAACCUUCUUCAGCAUUUCCAAGGGGAGAAAUUAAUGUACACAUUAUUCGCGCGUGGACCAAACCAACAAGUUUGACUUGACUAGAGGGUGAGGUCCAUAAGAAGAUAAGGCGAGGACUACAAGCAUUUGCAGAAUAGCAUCCUGGAUGCAUCUUUUGUUGUUCAUCAAUCACUUUGAGCAACAGCAAAAAAGCAUCUUUUCGUUUCAACUUUGCCCCCCUCAGAUCAACAUGGACAAAGAGAAGAGUCAGGGAAAGAGAAAGAGAGCAGAGGAAGAGAGCAUUGAGGGAGCAUCGACUUCUUCAUUCAUCUCUCCGGUACCCACAAAUAUAGGUAGCGGUCAAUACGACGUGUUCUUGAGCUUUAGAGGCUUGGAUACUCGCAAGGCAUUCACCGAUCACCUGUAUCACAGUCUGAUCAAGGCAGGGACUGUACCAUUUUGCGUGUUCAGGGACGAAAACAGCAUCCCAAUUGGUGAGGAAUUUGGUUCAGAGAUUCUCGAUGCCAUUGCACGAUCAAAAAUUUCGAUCCCCAUUAUCUCGGAAAAUUAUGCUUCGAGCAAAUGGUGCCUCUGCGAGCUCAUUCAUAUCAUGGACCGCAAUAAGAGCACGUCACACAUAGUCUUGCCCAUCUUUUACAAAGUGGACCCAUCAGAUGUGCGGCAUCUAAAAGGAAGUUUUGGGGAGGCCUUCCAUUCGCGUAAGAAACGUUUUGAUGAGAAGGAUAUCCAGGAAGGGCAACGAGCACUUAAUGAAGUCAGUUACUUAAAUGGAUGGGAAUCAGAGAAAUUUGCCGACGGGCAUGAGGGAAAAUUAAUAGAACGUGUGGUCGAGACUGUUACAAGCAAAUUACAGGAAGAUUUUCAGCUAGAUUUGCCUAAGCAACUAGUUGGACUUGAUGGCCGUCUGAAGGAAAUUAUGAAUUGGAUAGGCAAUCCUUCCAUCCAUGCUCGAAUGAUUGGAAUUUAUGGCAUGGGUGGGAUAGGCAAGACUACUCUUGCCAAGUGCAUCUAUAAUCAACUCUCAAAUAAAUUUAUGCAUGUCAGCUUCCUUCAAGAUGUUCGAGAAACUACUAGGCGCCACAGUAUUACGUAUCUACAGAGUCAACUUAUAUCGGAUAUACUAAAUGAAAAAAAGGAAGUGUCUAGAAUUGAUGAUGGAAUUAAUAUAAUCAAAUCUAGAUUCAGAGAAAAGGUUCUCAUUCUUCUGGAUGAUAUAGAUGACAAGAGUCAACUAGAUUCGUUGGCUAGGGAACGUAGCUGGUUUAUGGCAGGAAGUAUGAUCAUUGUUACCACUAGAAAUGAAGCCGUUCUUGAUCAAUCUGAAUUCGAGGUAGACUACAAGUAUGAAUUGUAUGGAUUGGAUAAGGUGCAAGCUUUGCUUUUGUUUAACAGACAUGCAUUUCGUAUGGACCAUUCUCCCAGGGACUUUGAGGGUAUAUCUGGUGAUAUCAUAUCCACCACGGGUGGGCUUCCCUUGGCACUUCAGGUUGUAGGUUCAUACUUGUAUAAAAAAACAAAUAUAAAAGUAUGGGAAGAUGUGCGGAAGCAAUUACAAAACCAACCACAUAGAGAUGUCCAAAAGAUAUUGCAAAUAAGUUAUGAUGCAUUAGAAGAUGGACAUAAGCAGAUUUUUCUCGAUAUUGUUUGUUUCUUUAUUGGUCCAACUAGCCGUCCUCCGAUCAACCAUUACGCCAUGUGCAUGUGGGAGGACUGUGGGCUUUAUCCAAGUCAAGGAAUUGAAGAGUUGAAGUUGAGGUGCUUAAUUAAAAUUGGAGAUGCUGGUGAGUUUAUGAUGCAUGAUCAACUGAGAGAUCUAGGAAGGAGCAUUUUUUGUCAAGGGCAACCACUUGACAAAUGUAGCGGGCCAUUGGAUUGCAACUACAGGGGAGCCUCAAGAGUAGUACGGGAAAAAAUGGUAAAAUAUGGCACUCCUUUCUUUUCCUCUCCCUCUUAUUUUAAUAUAUUUAAUCUGAUCUAUUCUAAUAUUUCAUCUAGCAUGAAUAGAUGCUCUUACUUUCUAGGAAAAAAAUUUUGUGUAAACGUCCAUUUAUGUCCAUUACAACUAAAUAAAUUGUAAGUAUCCGAAGGAUGAAAGAGUUAAAUUAUUUGAUUUGAUUUCAUUGAUAUAAAUUACAUCUAUAAAAUUUUAGGAAUCGGCAAAUAAUAUGCAUUAGGGCCAAUUAUAAGUAUCCAAAUGUAUUGUGGUGCUCCUGUGAUUUUGGAAUCCAAUUUUUAAUAUUUUUUUCUCCAUUUUGAUUUUGAAGAUUCCCGUCCCUCUGCUCUACUAGUUAUUUCUAUCUCUUUUCAUUCUUAUUUCCUCUUAAUAGAUAAGAUAGCAAAAAUCCCCUUAAAAAUAUUUUCAGGAAAAUCUUACUGUUUUUUAAGGUUUUGUCAAGUUCACCUUGCUCAUUUCUCAUAACAAACAUUUCUAUCCACUAUAAGUUGUUUUAUAUUAUUUAUAUUUUUUGGGACAAUGCCUCUUUUGUGCUAGGAACCGCUAGACUAACUUGACUAUUUAAAAAAAAACGAAGAAAACUUGACUAACUAGAGGAAAUGUCGUGCUUAUUAUUAUAUUCAUACCUUUGUAUUCAUUAUAUAUGAUUUUCAGCACGAAGCGAAUUUUUUCGACUA